AUGGGCGUCUGGUUCGCCCACGCUCACAUUACAGCCGGGGGCGCCCACGCAGCCAAUGAAGACAUGGGACAGGUCAUGCGGAAGAUUAGCUCUGGCACCUGCACCACCCGAUCCCUGUCUGGCCUCGGGUCGGUCCCCGUGGGUGACUGGCCUCGACACAACUGGGGCUGCUACGAGCGACUUCGAGGCCCCUUCAGCCCCAGCAGAGACGUCGGGCGGAGCAGCAAGACGGUGACGGAGUGCAACUGGGUGAGAUUCCUGUGUGUCUGCGCCCAGUACACUCCGCAGGUGAACAUGGUGGCUACGCUCACGACACACACGGUUAUCACUUUCACGGUAACGAGGACCCUCCCCCCAGGCUCUGACAUCAUCGCCUACCUCUUUCAUCCCGAAGACCUGAAUUCCACGGGUCUUUACGCCUCUUUAGCUCCUUACACGGGUCAGCAUACCCUCCUAGGUGAUCCCAGUGCCAGUGCCAGAAGGACGUUCGGUACGCAGGACUUGGCACCGUGGCACUCGGCUGAAGCUCCUCCUCCUGUAGAACUGAGCGGCGCCUCUCGACUCAUGGUGGCCACAUCCCUGCAGAGGCGCGCCGUCGAAGCUUUAAUAGAUGACGAGCCGCUGGACCUCUCGCAGCUGCUGGUGGUCGGGCGCGCGCAGUCGGCCGACAGCGACGAGCGGCGGUCGGUGUCGUCCGAGUCGUCGCUCUCCUCCUGCGGCACCUCCGAGUCCUCGCAGGCGUCGGCGGGGGAUCCUUCGUCAGGCAGACUGACCGACCCCUUCACGCUGCAAGAGACCUUCGGCAGGAGCUUCGACGUCGGCACUCCCUACGAAGUCCCUGUCCCUCGCCGACCCCGAGAGCGGUCCCUUCUGCCGUGCCACAUCUGCGGGAAAAUCUUCGACCGACCCAGCCUCCUCAAGCGACACAUGCGGACUCACACAGGUGAGAAACCCCACAUAUGCGAAGUGUGUGGCAAAGGUUUCUCCACAAGUUCCUCCCUCAACACCCACCGACGGAUCCAUAGCGGUGAGAAGCCCCAUCAGUGCGGUACUUGCGGGAAAAGAUUCACCGCGUCGUCCAACUUGUAUUAUCACAAGAUGACUCAUAUUAAGGACAAACCCCACAAAUGCGGCGUAUGUGGGCGGUCCUUCCCAACUCCAGGAGAUCUACGGUGCCAUACCUUCGUCCAUACGGGGCAGUGGCCUCACCGGUGCCCUGUCUGCUCUAAGGGCUUCAGUAAGCUUACGAACUUGCGGAAUCACCUGCUGCUUCAUUCAGGUAAAUGGGGUGUGGUUGUGAAUGGAGUAAAAACGGGUGACACUGGAUCAACAAAUAAUGCAGCUCUGACUCAUGCCAUGCUGAAAUUGGACGUGGAAAACAUGAAAAAAUCAACUUUCGAAGCUCUUCAGAACAAGAGACAUGACAUUAUCCUUAAAAGGGCACAAUAA